GUAUCCCUGACCCUGCCCAGAGUGGCAGGUAACUGAAGGUCCCCUCAGUGCAUUAGUUGAGGCGUUUGGAUAAGGCACGAACCCCACUCUGGCCGAGCGAGAUUGACUUUAUUACAAAGGCAGCAGUUUAAAUACAGCGUCCAAAUGUGUCACAUGAUCUCUCAACCAAUGACAAUCAAGUGUUUCACUGAGCAUGCGUGAGAGACCGGAAAACUACAAAUCCCAUAAUUCCUCAUUACAUUCUUUUUGCCACGAUUUGUGUCUGUUACUGAUGGACCACUGUCUGCUACGGGGCCAGAGAUAUCAAAACCUAUUGCAGCAUUUUCAAUUCUUAAUUGAAUUUAAAUGGGAAUUUCUUUUAUGUCCUGUAGCGGAAAGAGCAGAUCUGGACUCGAGCAUUGUAUCUGCCUCAGCAGCCCACUUUAGCACUGGAAACAAACCUUCAGAAGGAAAAAUGGAUCACUGGUGUUGGCCAUCAGAAACUAACAGCUUUCGACGUUUCACCCCUGAGUCCUUGGCUGCAAUUGAGCAAAGAAUUGCUGAGAAAAAAAAGCAGCCAGACAAAGAAAAAGAGAAGCAUAAGGACCAAGGAGUUGAAGCAGAGCAACUUACUCCCCGGCUUGAUCUGCAAAUCUGCAAAAAGCUGUCAUCCCUUUAUGGGGACAUUCCAUCAGAGCUCAUUGGGGAGCCCCUGGAGGAUUUUGAUCCAUACUACAGUGACCACAAGACUUUUAUGGUGCUAAAUAAAAAGAGGACUAUUUUCCGGUUUACUGCCACACCUGCCUUGUGUAUAUUUGGUCCUUUUAAUCCAGUCAGAAAGGCAGCAAUUAAACUUCUGACCAAUUCAUGUUUUGUGGUCUUUAUUUUAUGUACUCUGUACCUCAAUUUUUCGCUUAUGACUGUACGUCAGCUCCCACCAGAACUCAUCUGGAUUGAAAUUGCUUUUACUGGCAUUUAUACUAUUGAAAUGUUGAUAAAAAUAGUAGCAAGAGGAUUUGUUUGGAAUGAAUUUACCUUUCUUCGAGAUCCGUGGAACUGCUUGGAUCUGUCUGUUACUAUUGUAAUGUAUGUUGCUAUAUUUAUAGAUAUAGGUGAUAUUUCACUUUUUGCAUCUGUCAGAGUACUGAGGACUUUGAAAGCCGUUUCAGUAAUACCAGGUCUGAAAAUCCUGGUAAAUUCAAUUGUUGAAUCUCUUAAGAAACUUGCUGACAUGUUGAUCUUGACUGUAUUUUGCUUGAGUAUAUUUGCCCUAAUAGGCCUCCAGCUUUUUAUGGGCAAUUUAAGAUUCAAAUGUGUCCUCAAUAAUACUGUGUACAGUGACUCAUUAUGCAAGGAUCCCAAGAUCUAUGUACCAAGUGAUGAAGAUAUCUGCCACAGAAUGAAUGGCUCUUCUGACAUAUUGCUCUGUGAGAUCAGUUCAGAUCCUGAGAAAGAGUGCCCAGAAAACUAUACCUGCCAGAAGAUUGGGCAGAAUCCUGACUUUGGUUAUACAAGUUUUGAUCAUUUUGGCUGGGCCUUCCUCUCUGUAUUCCGUCUGAUGACACAGGAUUCCUGGGAGCGUCUCUACAGACAGACUAUCCGUACAUCUGGAGUGACCUGCAUUUUUUUUUUUAUGGGAGUCAUCUUUUUCUGCUCAUUUUAUCUGUUCAAUCUGAUCUUGGCUGUAGUAACUAUGGCAUAUGAAGAGCAAAACAGAUCCAGUCUUGCUGAAACGGAGGCCAAGAAAAAACUGCUUCAGGAUGCCCAACAAAUUCUAGAGAAAGAACAGGAGGUGGCUGCAGCAGAAAGCAGUAAGGCCUUGCAGGUUGGGUCUGAAAUGCCAGUUGCUGAGUUGAAAAAUUCAAAAGGGAGAGACAGUAAUAGAGAAACACCUGUUUUAAGACAAAAUGUAGUUUUAGAUGAUCAGGAGAAAGAGGAGCAAAUAUUUCAUUCACAGCCUGGUCACUGCCACAAGAAGCUUAGGCAGAUCCUGCUGUCCUAUGAUGUGUCAGUGGACUCUAUUAAUGAUCCUUUCCGAAGACAGAGGUUAAUGAGUGCAGCCACUAUUCUUACAGAUAAUUCGAAGUCAAAAUUGAAAUGUCCUGCAUUGUGGAAACGUUUUGCUUCAAAGUAUCUAAUUUGGAAUUGUUGUCCCCUCUGGAGAGCAGUCAAAGAGAAGGUGAAAUUGGUGAUUUUGGAUCCGUUUGUUGAACUCUUUAUCACAGUUUGCAUUAUCUUGAACACCUUAUUCAUGGCUAUGGAGCACCCUGGCAUGUUGCCAGAAACCAGAAAAAUGAUUACUAUAAGUGACCAGGUGUUCACCCUUAUUUUUACACUAGAAAUGAUCUUGAAAAUCAUUGCUCUAGAUCCUUACUACUAUUUUCAGAACAAGUGGAAUGUUUUUGAUAGCUUGGUUGUUUUGAUUGGCCUAGUGAGCUUUGGAACCAAUCUGUCACCUUUCCGGGUGAUCAGGAUCUUCAAAUUGGCAAAGUCCUGGCCAGCCUUAAAUACUCUUGUGAAAAUAAUUCUAAACUCAUGUGGUGCUCUGAGUAACCUCACUCUGGUUUUGGCUAUCACUGUAUUUAUUUUCGCUGUACUAGGAAUGCAGCUUCUGGGCAGUGAUUAUGAAACAAACUUCUGUAAUAUAAGCACCACUGAGGAUUUACGCUGGCAUAUGAAGGAUUUCAGUCAUUCAGUCCUGAUUAUAUUCCGAAUAUUAUGUGGAGAAUGGAUUGAAACGAUGUGGGAAUGUAUGGAAGUGGCUGGAAAAGAGAAAUGUAUUACAAUUUUCAUGCUAGUCCUGGUGAUAGGAAACCUGGUGGUGCUCAACUUGUUCAUUGCCCUGCUGCUGAGUUCGUUCAAUACUGAUACCUCAGGGGGACAAGAGGAACCUGGAGAAAGGACUAAAUGUCAGAUUGCCCUUGCACAGAUUCACCAGGGCCUGAAGUCUUUGAAAGACAGAAUUCUGGAUCCUCGUAGCAGAAAAAUGAAAGGAAGCCUCAGAAAAACAGACAAAAAGAAGACUUUGGAAGAAAUUUCUGGCAAAAACAUAGAGGAUAAUAAUUAUGCCAUGACAGAUGUCAGAAAAUACAUAGACAACAAUGGCUUUGACAUAGAGUGUUACCAGAAUGAAGAAAAUUCCUCAAUAUCAAGGAAAUAUGAAGAUCCUUCCAGCAGUCACAGUACCUGUCUUCCCAUUGAAGCAGCAGAGAGUUACAGUGACAAAAUUGAUGAUGAGCACACUGUAUUCACAGAAACAGAACACAGAAAACAGAAAUGUGGUGCUGCUCACAGCUUUUAUGAAGCCAGCAGUGUGGAUGCAACUGUUGGUCUGGAGAUGUUUUCCCAGACUAAAAACUCACACCUGCCUAAGGACUGUUUUGGAGAAAAUUGUGGUAAAUGUUUCCCAUGUUGUGUAGUGGAUAUCACUAAGUUUCCAGGCAAAAGUUGGUGGAACUUCAGGAAAACCUGCUACCGAAUUGUUAACCAUAGCGGGUUUGAAUAUUUUAUGGUUUUUGUGAUAGUAUUGAGCAGCGCAGCACUGGCAUUUGAAGAUAUUCACCUGCAGAAUAGAAAAACAGUGAAAAUGAUCCUAGAUUAUGCUGACAAAGUAUUUACCUACAUCUUUUUGAUGGAGAUGCUUCUGAAAUGGGUAGCUUAUGGAUUGCAGAGUUACUUCACAAAUUCCUGGUGUUUGCUUGAUUUUGUCAUUGUAUGUUUGUCAUUUGUUUCCUGGGGACUAAAUCCUGAUACGGAAGGCAAGGCACGUUGUUCCUCUGGGAGUGGCCUGAAAUCUCUCAGGACUCUUAAGGCACUGAGGCCUCUACGAGCUUUGUCAAGAUUUGAAGGGAUAAAGGUAAAGAUGUUGAGGGUCGGUGUGAAUAUUUUGUAAUGGCUGCAUUUGAAGAUGUUUUUGAAAAUGACAACAUAAAAUUCACUAUUAUUCAUUCAUUUGGUUCAGGUUGUUGUCAAUGCACUCCUUGGAGCUAUCCCCUCAAUCUUCAACGUUUUGCUCGUCUGUGUUGUCUUUUGGCUCCUAUUUAACAUUUUAGGAGUAAAAUGGCUUGGGAAAAGAUUUUCAAAGUGUAUACUCCAGGAAGGAAAUAUCAGUCUCAUUAAUAACAGAAGUGAUUGUGAGUCUCAUGGUGGAAAAUGGACAAAUUCUCCUGUAAACUUUGAUAAUGUUGGGAUGGGAUACUUGGCUCUGCUCCAAGUGGCAACUUUUAAAGGCUGGAUGGAUAUUAUGUAUGCAGCAGUGGAUUCACGUGAGAUCAAUGAACAGCCAAAGUUUGAAGCAAGCUUACACAUGUACAUAUACUUUGUGGUUUUCAUUAUUUUUGGAUCUUUCUUCAUGUUGAACCUUUUUGUUGGAGUGGUUAUCAGCAAUUUUAACCAACAAAGGAAAAAGUUAGGUGGAAAAGAUCUAUUUUUGACUGAGGAACAGAAAAAGUACUAUAAUGCCCUAAAAAAACUUGGAUCCAAGAAACCUCAAAAACCCAUCCCAAGACCAUCGAAUGCGUUCCUGGGAUUGCUGUUUGAUAUCGUAAUGCACAAAGCAUUUGACAUCAUCAUUGUCAUUUUCAUCUGCCUAAAUAUGUUUGUUAUGAUGGCAGAAAAUAACCAGGAAGGCACCAAGGAACUUCUUAAUAAAAUCAACUAUUUUUUUGUGGCUGUAUUUACAGCAGAAUGUGUCAUAAAAGUGCUGGCCUUAAGACAGCAUUACUUCAAAAGCGGCUGGAACUUAUUUGAUUUUAUUGUUGUGGUCCUUUCAAUAGUCAGUAUUGGAGUUUCUGAAGCCUUUCAAAAAUUCAUCUCUCCUACACUUUUGAGAACUAUUCGUUUGGUGCGAAUUGGCCGAAUCCUGAGAUUGGUUCGAAAAGCGAGAGGAAUUCGAACCCUUCUCUUUGCAUUAUUGAUGUCUCUUCCUGCACUGGUCAACGUUGGCCUUUUGCUUUUCCUAAUUACAUUUAUUUAUGCCAUUGUGGGCAUGGCAAACUUUGCCUGUCUUCCCUGGGAAGGUGGGAUUGAUAACAUUUUCAACUUUCAAACCUUUUCUGGUAGCAUUCUCUGUCUCAUCCAAAUUACAACAUCAGCUGGCUGGGAUACUCUUUUGGCCCCUUUGUUAAGUGAAUCUGGUACAUGUGCUCCCAACUUAGUUUUAAAAGAGAAAGAUAAAAUUAAUUGCACAAAUAGAGCAUUUGGUAUUUUAUAUUUUGUAAGCUAUGUCAUUAUAUCUUUUCUCAUUGUUGUAAAUAUGUACAUAGCUGUCAUUUUAGAGAACUUCAAUGUUGCCACUGAAGAAAGCACAGAUCCUCUUUGUGAAGAUGACUUUGAUAUGUUUUAUGAGACCUGGGGAAAAUUUGAUCCUCUGGCAACACAGUUUAUUGACUAUUCUGCUCUUUCAGACUUUGCAGAUGCUCUGGCAGAACCCUUGCGCAUUCCAAAGCCCAAUAACAUCCAGCUCAUAUCCAUGGACCUCCCUCUAGUGAGUGGAGAUAAGAUCCACCACUUGGAUAUCUUGCGUGCUUUCACUAAAAGGGUCUUGGGAGAAUUUGGAGAUUUAGAUAGUUUUGAAUUAUUCAUGGAGGAAAAAAUUGUGAUUGACAGUCCAUCUAAAAUUUUUGACAAGCCAGUUUCUUCCACUCUUAAGAGAAAACAAGAGGAGGUAUCAGCAGUUAUUAUCCAAAGGGCCUUCAGGAGGUAUUUGAUACAGCGUUCUUUCAAAAGUACAUCUUUCUUAUGCCGUCACAGACAGACCAGUGCUGUCUUUGGAGAAGAAAUGCGGGAGAAGCAAAAGCUUAUUUUAUCAAUGCUUAAUGAAAGUAGUGGCAGGAAGAUACAUAAAUCACGGUCUGUUUCUUCCACAUCUCUCCCUUGAUUUUAUGAUGCUGUUGCUGACACAAAUAAGCUGGACACAUAAGGUUACCCCAGGCUGCAGCAUUUUUGACAUUUAAAGCAAAGUCAUUGAUUUUCGGAUGGAGACAAUAUGUGAAUCCCAGAGUAUAAUAAUCUAAAUUUAGAAUAAUGAUGGCAGCCUUUAAGUAUUGUGAUUGUUCAAAUUUUCAAAUUCUCCUUAAAAUGAUUAAGAUCUGAACAACUAUGUCGUAAAUAUUGGAGAAAAAUCAAACCAUAGAAUUUUUUCUCAACUAGUGGAGUAGGUGGGUUAAUUUUUUCACCUGCCAGUUUUGUCCUAGUCCAUGUGUUUACGGAAGAAAUCUGUAAAAGGUCAGUUAUAAGGACAGAUUUAUAAACACACAAGUCUCUAGAAUAAUGUAUAUCUCUUUAGAGAUAACCAAUAUUUCCAACUAGGCUUUAUUGUAGCAAAAUGAACUAAUUACUGCACUUCUGUAAUAGAGCUCAUUCAGGACACUCGAGUAUAAUCAACCUCUAACUUUGAUGGUUUUGGGACCAUCCUCCUCUGCCCAGUCUGAAGGGGGGAUGUGGCCGUGACACAGCAUGGAUGGGUCUGGAGACAAGGUAGGGGUGCAGGUGGAAUGCUUUAUUGAGGCCUGCACGGGAUUUUUCGUCAGUUCAGGCAGGGAAAGGGCUAGAACAUGGGGUGGAACAUGAGACAGGCAAACGGGGGAACAAAUCGGGAUACGGACACAGGCAAAAAGGGGAGGAACAUGGGAGGAGCCGGGGAAGGAAAGGGCGAAUGGUGGCUGUCUCCUCUCUGUAGCUUCUGCAGCCUAUCAGAGAGGGGAGCGGGGAAGCAGGGAGCAGGCAAACUCGUGGCAAGCCCAAGCAUGACCAGGCUGUGCAUUGUGUAGUGUGGAUACAAUGAAACCACAUAAUAACAAUGAAGUCCAUAUAAUAACUGUAAGGUCCACAUAAUAAAAUCCUGUCCAUUGCUGCAUGUUUUUCUCUACGCCUGGAACCUCUCCCAUCCUGAAUCUUGUUCCUUCAUACUCCUCCUAGCAUGUUUGGGUGGAUUUGUUUAUGCUUAAGAAUUUUGGAGGUGUCUUUAUAUGUGCACCUAAAUGGAUUUAACAGAUCAUCCUCAGUUGCCCGUGCAUAAAGUUUGUAUAUAAUUUGUUCUUAGUAUCAUUCAGUGUAUGAAAAUUGUCAUAAUCAUAGUUACGAAAAUCAAAGAGUGUUAUACAAGGGGUAUUGCUUCCAGAAAAUCUUGAGAAUCAUUGUACAUAAAAUUUCAUCAUCAUCUAAAUGUCAUAGAAAACAUUACUUAGUAAUCUUAGUGAUAUGAGGCAACAUUUAAUAAAAGGUAGAGGAAGCAUUUAUUUGAUUGAUUCUGAAAAAGAAAAUAUGAACAAUGAGUAUUAAUGUUUUACUGAUUUCUUUUGCAGUUUAGGUUGUUCAGAUGAAGCAUUGUGGUGGAUUCAGAACCACUAAUACAAUACAACUGGUUUAGAUUCUUCAAUAAAGAACUCAGAUGCUUAA